ACUUGUAUAGAUAAAAUGAUGGUUUCAGACAAGAUUCAGCCUAUUGCUUUGGCAGCCUCUGAUGCUGAAGUACCCGAAAAUGGCCUGGUUUGCGGCUACGGCGAGAAAGAUGGAGAGCCGGGUGAAGAUCUCUUAUGCGUGAAUGUCACGCUUUCUGAAGCUGACGGUCUUCUAGUGGCACAGAGCAUUAACAAUGCUACCAAGUACGACUUCGGAGCGGCUUUAGUGUCAGAAGGCAAAGUUCAUGGUAUUCUUGUACGCAGCGCUGAUGAAAACUCAGCAGGAGCCUUCCUUUCUACGUCUAAGUACGUAGCCUGGAUUGAGGAGGAGACAGCUGAGAAGGAACCUGAACCUGAGGAAGAAAAGAUUUCCAUUGUGGAUGGAGACGACGUUCUCAUUGCAGAGCCCAUUCUUACUUUUUAAAUUCAAUUAUAAUGU